AUGUUAGUUGGGCUACAGCUAUGGAGAAACUCCAUGGGCAUGUGUCUGUCCACCCAGACAUCCUCUCCCUAGAGAACCACAGCCUGGCCAUGCUUCCUGAGCUCCAGUCCAUGAAGAAACUUGGUGGACAUAUGUCUUGUCAUCCAGGUAUCCUUUCCGUGGAGAACCGGUGCCUGGCCAUGCUCCCUGAUCUGCAGACCACAAAGAAACUCCAUGGACAUAUGUCAGGUCACCCAGACAUCCUCUCCUUGGAGAACCUGUGCCUGGCCAUGCUUCCUGAUCUCCAGCCCACGAAGAAACUUGGUGGACUUAUGUCUGGUCACCCAGAUAUCCUCUCCUUGGAGAACCGGUGCCUGGCCAUGCUUCCUGAUCUCCAGCCCACGAAGAAACUUGGUGGACUUAUGUCUGGUCACCCAGAUAUCCUCUCCUUGGAAAACCGGUGCCUAGCUACCCUCUCUGCAGGAGAGAGCACUGUGUCUGCCAGCCCCUUGCACCAGUGUCUUCAAAUACCUCACACCAUGCAAGCUGAUUUAUGUAACCUGAACACCAGCAAUUGCCUGCUCUCUGAGCCUCCAAGGGUUCAGCGUCUCUCUGAAGGAUUAGACUUUCCAACUUGUCCCAGGACCCUGAAAUCCAUCUCUGCUCCAAAGAGAGUUCAGGAAACAACUUUGAGUCGUUGGUGCUUUUCAGAAGAAAAGGAAAUGCAGGAAGAGAAGGGAGGAGCAGAAACCCAAAUGCCUUUGUAUAUUCUAAGCUUGGGAGAGGAAGAGGAAGAGGUAGAAGCCCAGGUCCUAAAACUCAAAUCUGGAGACUCUGACUCUCAUCCUCAGCCCACUGACCAGGUCCUUCAGGAAAAGAAGAUGGCUCUAAUGAGCUUACUGUGCUCUACUCUGGCCUCAAAUGUAAAUAUAAAAGAUGCGUCUGACCCUACCCAGGAAUCCAUCCUUGAAGUUUGUAGUGAACUAGCCCCCUUGGAGCCUGAGUUCAUCCUUAAGGCAUCUUUGUAUGCUAGGCAGCAACUGAACAUCCGGGAUUUAGCCAAUAAGGUUUUGGCCAUUGCUGCCUUCCUGCCAGUCUGUCGCCCCCACCUGCGACGGUAUUUUUCUUCCAUUGUCCACUUGCCUUCAGACUGGAUCCAGGUAGCCGAGUUCUACCAGAGCCUGGCAAAAGGAGAUGAGAACAAGUUGGUGCCCCUGCCUGCCUGCCUCCGUGCUGUCAUGACUGACAAAUUCGCCCAGUUUGAUGAGUAUCAACUAGCCAAGUACAAUUCACGGAAGCACCGUGCCAAGAGACGUCCCCGCCAACCCCCCCGCCCCCCAAAGACAGAACGUCCAUUUUCUGAGAGAAAGGGGUGUUUUCCAAAGAGCCUUUGGCCUCUCAAAAAUGAACAGAUUAAGUUUGAGGCAGCUUACAAUGCAGUGCCAGCGAAAAAAAGUCAGCCAAGGUUUACCCUGAAGAAGUUGGUACAGCAGCUUCAUAUCCAUGAGCCUGCCCAACAUGUCCAAGCCCUGCUGGGUUACAGGUAUCCCUCCAACCUAGAGCUCUUUUCUCGGAGUCACCUCCCUGGGCCAUGGGAUUCAAGCAGAGCUGGGCAGCGGAUGAAGCUCCGUAGGCCAGAGACCUGGGAACGGGAGCUGAGCCUGCGGGGGAAUAAAGCUUCUGUCUGGGAGGAACUCAUAGACAAUGGGAAGCUUCCCUUUAUGGCUAUGCUUCGGAAUCUGUGUAACCUGCUGCGCAUCGGAAUCAGCGCCCACCACCAUGAACUCAUUCUCCAGAAACUCCAGCAUGCGAAGUCUGUGAUUCACAGUCGGCAGUUUCCAUUCAGAUUCCUCAAUGCUCAUGAUUCCAUUGAUAAACUUGAGGCUCAACUCAGAAACAAAGCGUCGCCCUUUCCUUCCAAUACAAAACUGAUGAGGCAGAUAAUGAUUAGAAACUCAAAAAAUAUCAAGAGACCUGCCAACCCCAGGCACCUGUGCACCUUAACACGUCGGCAGCUUCGGGCUUCGAUGAAGAUACCUGUGAUAUAUGAGCAGCUGAAGCGGGAGAAGUUGAAAUUACACAAGGGCAGACAAUGGGACUGUGAUGUUGAGAUGCUGGAGCGCUAUCGCCAGGCCCUGGAGGCAGCUGUGAACCUCUCUGUGAAGCACAACCUGUCCCCACUGCCAGGCCGCACCCUCUUGGUUUAUCUGACAGAUGCUGGUGCAGAUAGGCUCUAUCCUAAGAGUAAUGUACAAGGGCCCCCACUGAACUAUGUGCUGCUGUUGAUUGGAAUGAUGGUGGCCCGGGCCGAGCAGGUGGACGUUUUGCUGUGUGGAAGAGGAACUGUGAAGACUGCAGUGCUUAGGGCAGAUGAAGGUAUCCUGAAGACUGCCACCCAGCUCCAGGCUCAAGUCCAGGAGUUGGAAGAACAGGAUGAAUGGUCCCUGGACACUUUUGGGAAGUACCUGCUGUCUCUGGCUGUCCAAAGGGUCCCUGUCGACAGGGUCAUCUUGUUUGGCGAGAGAAUGGAUAGCAUACAGAUAAAUGUAGCCAAACAGAUUUUCUGGCAGCAUGUGAAUUCCAAGUGUUUGUUUGUUGGUAUUCUUCUACGAAAAUCGCAGUACAUAUUACCGAAUUUGAAUCCCAAUGAUGUGACGCUCUCAGGCUGUACUGAUGGAAUACUGAAGUUCAUUGCAGAGCAUGGGGCCUCCCGACUUCUGGAUCAUGUGGGCCAACUGGACAAAGUAUUCAAGAUUCCCCCACUCCCAGGAAAGACACAGGUCCUGACUCUCCAGCCACUGGAAGAAGAUACUCCAGACCCUUUGGCUUCUACUCCCCAACAUGGAUGGCGCAGCAUCCGGCUUUUCAUUUCAUCCACUUUCCGGGACAUGCACGGGGAGCGGGACCUGAUGCUGAGGUCUGUGCUACCCGCACUGCAGGCCCGACUGGCCCCGCACCACAUCAGUCUGCAUGCCAUUGACCUGCGCUGGGGCAUCACUGAGGAGGAAACCCGAAGGAACAGACAACUGGAAGUGUGCCUCGGGGAGGUGGAGAACUCGCAGCUCUUUGUAGGGAUUCUGGGCUCCCGCUAUGGAUACACUCCUCCCAGCUAUGACCUGCCUGACCAUCCUCACUUCCGCUGGGCCCAGCAGUACCCAUCAGGGCGCUCUGUGACAGAGAUGGAGGUGAUGCAAUUCCUGAAUCAGGACCAACGUUUGCAGCCUUCUGCCCAAGCUCUCAUCUACUUCCGAGAUUCUGGGUUCCUCAGCUCUGUGCCAGAUGCCUGGAGACCUGACUUUAUUUCUGAGUCAAAAGCAGCUGCACAUCGGAUCUCAGAACUGAAGAACUACCUGAGCAGACAGAGAGAAGUUACCUGUCGCAGGUACUCCUGUGAGUGGGGAGGUGUGGCAGGUGGCCGGCCUUAUGUCGAAGGGCUGGAGGAGUUUGGGCAGUUGGUUCUUCAGGAUGUGUGGAACAUGAUCCAGAAGUUUUACCUGCAGCCUGGGGCCGAGCUGGAGAAACCACCAUCCACCUCAAAUGAUGACUUGAUCCAGGCCACCUUUCAACAGCUGAAGAACCCACCAAGUCCUGCCCGGCCACGCCUUCUUCAGGACACAGUGCAGAAGCUGAUGUUGCCCCAUGGAAGGCUGAGCCUAGUGACUGGGCAGGCAGGACAGGGAAAGACUGCCUUCCUGGCAUCCCUUGUGUCAGCCCUGCGGGUUCCUGAUCAGCCCAAAGGGCCCCCCUUAGUUUUCUUCCACUUUGUAGCAGCACACCCUGACCAGGGUCUUGCUCUCAACCUUCUCAGACGCCUCUGUACCCAUCUGCAUAGAACACUGCGAGAGCAGAGUACCCUCCCCAGCACUUACAGAGGCCUGGUGUGGGAGCUGCACCAGAGGCUAUUGCCCAAGUGUGCUCAGUCUUUACAACGUGGCCAGACCUUGGUUCUUAUUAUUGAUGGGGCAGAUAGGUUGGUGGAUCAGAAUGGGCAGCUGAUUUCCGACUGGAUCCCCAAGUCCCUUCCCCGGCGAGUACACUUAGUGCUGAGUGUUUCUAGUGACUCAAGCCUGGGAGAGACCCUUGAGCAAAGCCAGGGUGCCCAUGUGGUGGCCCUGGGGCCUCUGGACCCUUCUGCUCGGGCUCGGCUCGUGAGAGAAGAGCUAGCACUGUAUGGGAAACGGCUGGAGGAGUCACCCUUUAACAACCAGAUGCGGCUGCUGCUGGUAAAGCAGGGGUCAAGCCUGCCCCUUUACCUGCAUCUUGUUACUGAUCACCUGAGGCUCUUCACACUCUUUGAACAGGUGUCUGAGAGACUUCGAUCCUUGCCUCCCACUCUCCCCCUGCUGCUGCAGCACAUCCUGAGCACCUUAGAGCAGGAGCAUGGCCCUGAUGUCCUUCCACAAGCUUUGGCCACCCUUUUGAUCACACGUAGUGGUCUGACUGUGGACCAGAUGUAUGCAGUGCUGAGUAUGUGGCAGAUUCUGCCCAAAGGGACUAAGAGCUGGGACGAAGCAGUUACUGCUGAUCAUAGUGCAGGCCCUUACCCCAUGGGCCCAUUUUUCUACCUUGUCCAGAGUCUACGCAGUUUACUAGGGGAGGGCCCUGUGGAACGUCCUGGUGCCCGUCUGUGUCUCCCUGAUGGGCCUCUGAGGACAGCAGCUAAACGUCGCUAUGGGAAAAGGCCAGAACUAGAGAAGACAGCACACGUCCUCCUUGCAGCUCACCUCUGGAAGACAUGUGAUCCCGAUGCCUCAGGCACCUUCCACAGUUGUCCUCCCGAGGCUCUGAAAGAUUUACCUUACCACCUGCUCCAGAGUGGAAACCGUGGCAUCCUUGCAAACUUCCUCACCAAUCUCCAUGUGGUGGCUGCAUAUCUGGAAGUGGGUCUGGUCUCAGAUCUUUUGGAGGCUCAUGACCUCUAUGCUUCGUCAAAGCCUGAAGAGAACCAAAUGCUCCCCGAGGCAGAUGUUGCUGUAUUCCAUACCUUCCUGAGGCAGCAGGCUUCAUUCCUCAGUCAGUACCCUCAACUCCUGCUCCAGCAGGCAGCCAACCAGCCCAUAGAGUCACCUAUUUGCUGCCAGGCCCCCAUGCUCACCCGGCGAUGGCAUCUCCAGCACACACUGCGAUGGAUUAAUAAACCCCAGACCUUGGGGGCUCAGCAAAGCUACAGCCUGUCUCUGUCAAUUUCCUCAACCCCAACUGCCGUCGCCCUCUCGCCCAAUGGGCGAAGAGCAGCUGUGGGCACUGCCAAUGGGACAAUUUACCUGCUGGACUUGAGAACCUGGCAGGAGGAGAAGUCUCUGGUGAGUGACUGUGACGGAGUCUCCUCUUUUGCAUUCCUUUCGGACAAUGCUCUUUUCCUUACUGCCUUCAAUGGGCUCCUGGAGCUCUGGGACCUGCAGCAUGGCUGUCGGGUGCUCCACACCAAGGCCCACGAGUAUCAAAUCACUGGCUGCUGCCUAAGCCCAGACCACCGCCUGCUGGCUACUGUGUGUUUGGGAGGAUGCCUAAAGCUGUGGGACACAGUUCGUGGGCAGCUAGCCUUCCAGUACAGCUGCCCCAAGCCCCUGAACUGCAUUGCUUUCCACCCAGAGGGGCAAGUAUUAGCCACAGGCAGCUGGGCUGGCAGCGUGAUCUUCUUCCAGGCAGAUGGACUCAGGGUCACCAAGGAACUAGGGGCCCCAGGAGCCUCUGUCCGUACUUUGGCAUUCAAUGCACCUGGGCGAGCUAUGGCUGUAGGCCGCAUGGACAGGACAGUGGAGCUGUGGGCCUGGCAAGAGGGCGCACGGCUGGCAGCCUUCCCUGCCCAUUGUGGCUUUGUUGCCACCACGCUUUUUUUACGUGCUGGAAGUCGGUUCCUGACAGCUGGAGAGGAUGGCAAGGUUCAGUUAUGGUCAGGAUCUCUUGGCCGGCCUCAGGGUUGCCUGGGCUCCCUUCCUCUUUCUCCUGCUCUCUCUGUGGCCCUCAGCCCAGAUGGUAGCAGGGUAGCUGUUGGGUACCGAGCAGAUGGCAUUAGGAUCUACAAAAUCUCUUCAGGUUCCCAAGGGGCUCAGUGUCAAGUACUAGACGUGGCAGUGUCCGCACUGGCCUGGCUAAGUCCCACUGUGUUGGUGAGUGGUGCAGAAGAUGGAUCCCUGCAGGGCUGGAUACUCAAGGAAGGCUCCCUCCAUUCCCUGUGGCUCCUGUCAGGGUACUGGAAGCCUGUGCUAGGACUGGCUGCCUCCCAGGAACUCCUGGCUUCUGCGUCAGAGGAUUUCAUAGUGCGGCUGUGGCCCAGGCAGCUGCUGACACAGCCACAUACGGCAGAAGACUUGCCCUGUGAUGCCGAGCUCCUGGGACAUGAUGGCCCUGUGUGCUGCUGCAGCUUCAGCCCUGAUGGAGGCAUCCUGGCCACUGGAGGAAGGGAUCGGAAUCUCCUCUGCUGGGAUGUGAAGACACCCCGAGUCCCUCGUCUCAUUCACUCCUUCUCUUCCUGUCAUCGUGACUGGGUCACUGGCUGUGCCUGGACCAGAGACAACAUACUGAUCUCUUGCUCCAGUGAUGGCUGUGUGGGGCUCUGGGACCCAGAGUCCAGGCAGCAACUUGGCCAGUUCUUGAGUCACGAGAGUGCUGUGAGCGCUGUGGUUGCCAUGGAGGAGCAUGUGGUAUCUGUGAGCCGGGAUGGGAGCUUGAAAGUGUGGGACCAUCAGGGUGUGGAGCUGACCAGCAUCCCUGCUCAUUUGGGACCCAUCAGCCAAUGUGUAGCUGCCCUGGAGCCCCGCCCAGCGGGACAGCCUGGAUCGGAGCUUCUAGUGGUGACUGUUGGACUGGAUGGGGCCACACGGUUGUGGCAUCCCCUCUUGGUGUGCCAAAUAUGUACGCUCCAGGGACACAGUGGUCCAGUCACUGCAGCUGCUGCUUCAGAGGCCUCAGGCCUCUUGCUGACCACCUCAGAGGAUAGUUCUGUACGGCUCUGGCAGAUACCUAAGGAAUUAGAUGAUGUAUACAAACCAAGGAGUUCUGUGGCCAUCACUGCUGUGGUGUGGGCACCAGAUGGCUCUGUGGUAGUGUCUGGAAAUGAAGCUGGGGUGCUAACGCUGUGGCAGGAAGCCAAGGCUGUGACUACAGCACAGGCUCCAGGCCGCAUCAGUGCCCUGAUCUGGUACUCCGCACGCUCCUUCUUUGUUCUCAGUGCUGAUGAAAAAGUCAGCGAGUGGCAAGUGGAACUGACGAAUGGUUCAUCAUCACCCAGGGAUUUCAGGCUUCACCUGAACCGAGUUCUGCACAAGGAUUUAGGAGUCCUGACAGGUGUGGGUCUGGCUCCUGAUGGUCAGUCCCUCAUCUUGAUGAAAGAGGAUGUGGACUUACUACAGAUGAAGCCCGGCAGUACUCCAUCUGAGAUCUGCAGUAGGUAUGUAGACUGUUCUCCCGUGCUGUCCACCAGCAAGUAUGGUGUGUUUUACCUGAAACCAGGGGCCUCUGCAUCUCUUUCUUUCUUGAAACAAAAGGAGUCAGGAGAGUUUGAAGAGAUUCUGGACUUCAAUAUGAACUUAGAGACUCCUAAUGGGACCCCAGUAUCAAUAACUCAGGCCAAACCUGAAUCUGAGUCGUCAUUUCUGUGUGCCAGCUCGGAUGGAAUGCUGUGGAAACUGGGUGAAUGCAGCCCAGAAGGAGAAUGGACCUCAGGUAACAUCUGGCAGAAAAAAGCAAAAAUACCUAAAACUCAUGCUCUAGACAUGGAUCCAUGUCUGCACUCACAGUCAGAUCUCAGCACGGAGAGCUGGCCAGAACGCCCACAUUUAAAGACACGUCAGCGUAAAAAGAUUCACUCGGGGCCAGUCACAGCCCUCCAUGUGCUUCCUGAAUUGCUGGUGACAGCCUCAACGGAUAAAGAUGUUAAGCUGUGGGAGAGGCCCAAUAUGCAACUGUUAGGCCUGUUCCGAUGCGAGGGACCAGUGAGCUGCCUGGAACCUUGGCUGGGCCCUGACUCUACUCUGCGGCUUGCUGUGGGAGACACACAAGGAAAUGUGUAUUUUCUGUCCUGGGGAUGAAAAUGCACUAAUCGGAGGAAAGAUGGUAUCACUUGUACUAGAUGAUGCAAAGCUUGAAGAUACCAGUGUCUACAUUCUCAAGGUUAUAAAAUAAAGUGUUGGAAGAGCUCAA